GCACCGCAGCUUCCACACGCUCUCCCCGGCGCUCCCCCGGCCAGCUCGGCCCCUCGCCCCGCCCCGCCCCGCCGCGGCCGCCUCCGGGGCCCGGGCCCGCUCCGCCGCCGCCGCCGCCGCCGCCGCCGCCACCAUGCCGGGCAGCCCGCGGGGCCUCUACCGGCGGAUCCUGCUGCUGCACCGGGCGCUGCCGGCCGCCCUGCGGGCGCUGGGGGACCGCUACGUGAAGGAGGAGUUCAGGAAGCACAAGGCGGCCGGGCCUGCCCAGGCCCAGCGCUUCCUGCGGGAAUGGGAGAACUAUGCAGCACUGAUACAGCAACAAAUUAAUGAGGACAAACAAAACUUGAGAAAAAAGACUGUAUAUGGAAUCCAGCUCACAGAAGAAAAACUUAAUGACUUCCGUGAUGAACAGAUUGGGCAGCUGAAGGAACUGAUGGAUGAAGCUACUAAACCUGUAAAAAAAAUCACCAUUUCUAAAGACUCGAAACACAAAAACUGAAAGGGUUUAAAAUUAUUGUUUUAAUGCACACGGAAACAUUUGAAACUUCCAUUUCCAGUUGGACUUCAGUGUGGUUUCUGUGGAAUAAUGGGUGCUGCUGAUGCCAAAACUUGUCUGAAAUGGAUGUCUCUGGUUCUCUGGUUGUCUGUGCAAGAGUAAAUAUCAAAAUGGAGUAAUCACAACAAUUUUAUGUUAAUUGCAGUGUUUUUCUUCUCCUAAUGGAAGGUGAAGGCUUAAAAAAUUUGGUGAAAGUAAGUUGACAAUUUUAAAAUAGAAAGUUUUAUUUUUGUAAAUCUUAACACCCACAGGGCAGAACAUCUUUCUGUUAGUGUAUCAUCCUCUGCCUUAAGGAAAAAGAUACAUUUGGUGUUUGUUUUCUGAUAUGGAUUCAGUAGAGAAAGAACAACACUAUGGUACUAGAGUGGACUUAUUUCAGUGGAAAGAAAUGAUCAGGAUUUGAAACACACACACUGCUUUUGAAACUGAAAGUUGCCUCUUUUUUUUUUUCCUGAGCUUUAUUGUGAAAUGUGCUUUAAAAUAAAAGAUGUAGUUAACUAUUAAAUUGACCUUGAAGGAA